UCAACCAUCAACCAUCAAUUCAUCAGCCAUCACGUCAAUGCGGCAGAGAGUUGCGGAAUUUCGCCAAUGUCACGCACUGCCGUCACAACGUAUUUCUUCGGCCGCCUGCCUGUUCGCCCUGACCGUCGUUGCUGAGCCACUGCGUCCCUGCCUGUGAAACUUUUCGUCUUUACACUCGAGCCUCCUUGUCCAUCAAAGUCCUCCACACUUUCCUCCUAACAGGUGCCGCCAAGCCGUUCGGAGACAAAGUUAACCGCGCUCGUGGCAUCGCCUUCUCAGCGCAUACAAAGCAGUUGCCCCCUCACGGAACGAUCACAUCUAUCAUGUUUUCAACGAUGCUGCUGCCUCAAUCGCUGCUAAUCCUCGUGCUUUCGGCCUCUUCCGCUCUUGCACAAGCUUCCUCGUCUUCCCGCCGUGCCAGUUCCACGAGUUUGUCGAGCAGCACGAGCGCGAGCGUCAGCACGUCCUCGGUGGGAACACCGAGUAACUCGGCCGCCUUGCCUUCUUUGAGCGGAGUUCCCGAUUGUGUGACGAACUGCCUCGACCUGGCGGCAUCCGCCGGUCCGUGCGCGUCUGUGGCCGCGGUCGACUGUUUCUGCAUGCAGCCUGCAGCAGCGAACUAUACGUCUACGCUCCUGUCGUGUCUGCAGACGUGCCCGCAGGACGUCGCGCAGGCGGAGCGCCUGGCGCAGCAGUUCUGCGCGGCGGCGGCGUCCAGCACGAGCCUCAGUUUCGCUAGCUUCGUCCCUUCGUCAUCUCGCUCCUCGUCGGCUAGUCGUAGCAGCGCGAGCUCAGGUUCAAGCGCAAGCGCGACUGCGCCGCCCAGUUCGAGUUUGAGUGCGACCCCUAGUGGAAGCGCGAAACCAUCCAGUGCCGCUUCUGGACGAGCAGGAGGCUCUGGUCUCGCUGCAGCGGUCGGUGUGUGCUUGGCUAUUGGCGGAGGGCUCUUGGGUGUAGCUGCUGUGCUCUGAGCUUACGGCUAGACUGACGGACCGUUCAACCCCGCGCGUUUCAUUGUAUAUAUAUAUCCUUGUCACCGCGAUCGACUCAUGCAUACCCCCUCCGCUCUCUUGACUUGCAUAGACCACCACUUUAUCACACUCCUAUUGUACGCACGGACCUUCCACACCAACUCGGGCAAACGCAUGAACUUCAGAUCUUGUAGCUUCUACUAUCAGUGACAUGAUGACAACCACCUGGAGAUUUGCGCGGCAAGUGACAUCGACAGUCGACGUACAGUAACACGUGCUACCAAGACCUGGUCUGAUCCGACUCUGAUGGGGUAUUCCACUUUUCCCCUACCCGGUGACAAACCAUCGCUGGCUACCGGAGGCGCCUGUCCCCAACCAUGGCGUCCCCCAACCCGUACGCCUCACCGCCGCUCGCCAGUGCGCCAUUUGCCGCACUGCAUCUGUACCCCCUCGACGACUCAUUCGUCCCAAAACGGAUUGCGCUGGGCGGCGGCCAGCGAGUCAAAAUCGCGCGGCCGCCGAGCACCAAGACGGCGUCGAACGAGCACAACGGGUUCUUCGACUCGCGGGUGCUGAGUAGGCAGCACGCGGAGGUGUGGGAGGACGGAGGCAAGAUUUUCAUCCGCGACGUCAAGAGCUCCAACGGGACGUUCAUCAACGGGGAGCGGCUCAGUGCGGAGGGCCGCGAGUCGGAGCCGUUCGAGCUCAAGAGCGAUGACAUCCUCGAAUUUGGGGUGGACAUCGUCUCCGAGGACAACACGACCGUGCUGCAUCGCAAGGUCGUCGCCCGCGUACAGUGCGUAUUCGGGAACAAACCGGUACCCGGUCCUGGCGCUGGUGCAGGCGCAGGCGCCAACCAGGGCACCCUAUUCAACAACGGCCAACGGCGCGGUGCGAUUCCCAUGAUCCACCAGGGCCUCGGUGGCAUGGGUGGCAGCACCAGGGUCCCAGGCAGAGGGCUCACGCUUGACCACAUCCUCAGCCGCCUGCAAGCUGAACUCGCCAAAAGCCGCGACACCGGCCACGACCUGCACGCGCUGACGGGGACGCUCAACGGCGUCGAGGAGACCCUCAAUGGUGGACCGGCUGCCGCAACGGCACCGGCUUUCCCGGAUGUGCUUCCCCCUGUCCGACCUGUUCCGCCACCGAAGGCACUAUCUGUUCCUUCGCUUCCUACUCAGGCGCCGCCGACCUCGGAAGCUCCUGCCCCAGACGUGAUUGCGGAGCUGCAGGCGCAGCUGCGCGAGCAGCAAGAGGCGUUCGCUGUCCACGCAGAGAGUCUGCGGGCCCUGCAGACCGUCCUGGCCGAACAGGAAACGAUGAAAGCCGAGGUGCAAGCCCUGCGGGAUUACGUCGCUGCGGAUCGCGAGAGGAAUUUCGAUGAUAAUGAUGAGGAUGAGGAUGAUGACGACGAUUCGGAUGCGCAGAGCAUCGUCACUGUGGGUCCCGACCAAGAUCUGGACACUCUGGAGGAAGUUGAGGAGCCCGAGAAUGAGGACGCCGAGCCCUCUGGCAACGACUUCCACGGCCGUUCCCAGACACCAGAACCGACUAUGGAGGAGGAGGAUGAAUCUGAAGUGCCGCCGCAGCAAGAGCAAGAGCCAGAGCCCAUCAAGCCACCUGGGCCAAGUAUCGCUGAUUUGACCACUCGUUUGGACCAGCUCGCGGCGCAAUUAGAGACCGCGUUGGCCACAUCCAGCGCGCUGGAAGCGGCCCAUGCUGCCGCGCAGCUAACAAUCGCGAAACUGGAGGCGAAGCUCGAGCGACUGGAGGCCUUGCCGGCGGAACCGCUGCCAAUCCCAGAACCCGUGCCACCAGCUCCGGUGGUGAUGCCCCACCCGGAUAUUGAUGAACUGCAUGCCGAGUUGGCUGCUGUCCGAGCGGACUUGGCUGCCGAGCGUGGGCAGCGCGAUGCGUGGACCGGUGGGCUUGACGAGCGGGUCCGGUUGAUGAUCCUCGCAGCCGGCAAGGUGACGCAGAUCAACGGGGAGGUUGAUGGGAAUGGGUGGCGCUCGCUGCCCAGUCCGACGAGCAGCCCAACCCACAGUCCCAGGCGGUACAAACGAGACAGCGUGCACUCGCUUCCGGAUGCGCAGUUUGAGCCGCCAUCGAAACAAAGUGAUACCGCGCACGAGUUAGCGAAAAAGCAGCCCAAAGCACUGAGCCGGACCGAUUUUUCGACGGCAUUCGGUGUUUUGAUACUCGGAUUAGCCGCCGCCGCCGUUCUUUGGCGCGUCAAGCCAGAGUGACCGGGGCGACUG